AUGGAAGAAGAGGAAGAGGAAGACGACGAGGAUGAGGAUGAGGCGGAGGAAGAAGUGGAGAGGCAAACUAUUCGAUCGGAGAGAACGUUGACUGAACCUGCACCGAGAACACUCCAUGUUUGGGAGGCUGAUCGACAGGCCUUGGAAUGUAGACGAUGUGCACGAAGGUUCAACUUUCUUGUCCGCCGUCACCACUGUCGACGGUGUGGGCUGGUGGUGUGUGAUAGGUGCAGUGGUCACAGGAUCCGUCUACCCUUUGAACAUAUUAUCCAGGAUCCAGUCACUGAUCCUUCUCAUCAAGCUCUUAUUGCAAUGUAUCCGCAGCGAGUCUGUGACGCCUGUGUACGACCGAUAGCAAAAAAUAUCAUUCCUCCUCUUUCCCGGUACGAACAAUCUCCAGUCGUGGCCAGUCCAAUGCAGCGAUCAAAGAGUGCGCAAAGUCUUAUGGCUGAGUGCCCAGUCUGUGGAGCAAACUUUAUGGGUGUGAGGCAGAACGAGCAAGAACACCACCUCCAAAAGUGUCUCAACACCGGAAGUCCUCCUGUGCGCCUGGUGCGUUACGUUGUGUAUCAGCUAUCUAGCAGUUCGACUCAGCUCGACGAUGAGUGUCCAAUUUGUUUUGAAGAAUUUAAGACAGGUGACAAGAUCGCACGCAUGAUUUGUCUAUGUUCGUAUCACCAACAUUGUUUGUCUGACUGGCUUGCAAGAGGAAAGGGGUGUCCAGUUCAUUACGAUGGGUCUUCCACAGCAAUUCAAGACUAG